UGAGUCCUAACCCAGCUCUCUCGUCCAUUCCUCCAGAUGCUGACAAGCUGUUUGAGCACGACCUGGGUGCUCUGAACAAGGCAGCUCUGAGCAGGAGGAUAGAGAGGGCAGGUCUGCUGAGGAACCUGGGCCCCUGCUGUAAGGCCCUCUGUGCCCGCAGGGACAUGGCCAUCAGACGGCAGCUCCUCAAGAACGAAAAGGGCCUGGCCAAGCAGAUGUACCCCAGUGUUCCUGUGGUGGACAGUGAGCUCUUCCAACUCAGCAUGCGUCUCUUCAAGAAGACUGUAGCCGCCGCCAGAAGCAACCAGCCCCUGUUGGGGCCCCCAGCAGGCCCAGAGAAGGCCGACAAGGGGCCACCGGGGCUAGUACCGGUAGCUUCACCGGUAGCCAAGCCCAGUACACCACAGCCCCCCGAGAUGUGUGUCUCCUGAGAGCGUGCGGAGCUUAUGGGUAAAAACAAACGCUGCAUGAUGAAACUGAUCUGUGAUCAGAAAUUGAAUCAGCUCUGACUACUAAGCCAGCUCUGAGUCCCCGCCCCCUAACUCUAAACCCCGCCCCCUAACGCUAAAACCCGCCCCCCUGCUAUAGCUUUUUUUAAUCACAAGGAAAAAUCUAACAAAACGCUGAAACUCUUGUCAGUCAGC